GUGGAGAUCAACCAUCCUCCACCACCCUCCAGAAACAGCACAAGGCCACGCUCUGCUCCUUCAUCUUCCUGCAUUGGGGUGGCUGACACUGAUCCAAGGAUUGUUCCAACCUAGAGCCUCCUCCUGCCUGGGACCCGAGUUCCCAGCCCACCCUCUGCCAUGAAAAUCCUUCCCUUUCUCUUUGGUCUCCUCUUGGUGGCAUUUCAUGGAGCUGCAGAGCUGUGACACUGCUGGCGACUCCCAGCCAUGAGGAUCCUGCCUGCCCUCUGUGCUCUGCUCCUCCUGAUGCUCCUGGGAGUGACAGGUCUGUCCCUGGCUCGAGGAUCCCACCAGGAAUGCGAGCGUCGCGGGGGCUUCUGCUCCCACCGGUCCUGCCCUCCCGGGAUCGGCCGUGUUGGCCUUUGCUCUGAGCAGGAAUUCUGCUGUCGGAUGCGAUGGUAUCCCUGAGAGGCUCCUGGAUCCCAGGUGCCAGUCUCUGAGACCAGCCCUUGCCCUCUCUGCACGGUCAGGAUGAUGCUGCGUGGAGGAACUGAGCACCGCCGGGAGCAGCGACAGCCCUGGACAGCCAGACCAUGAUCCCAUGGGAAUCCCUUUAACCCAGUGUCCCCAAUACAAGGUGGUGGUUUGCAUUCCCGCUGCCAA